AUGAUGGACACAACGACCGUCAUCUGUGAAAAGAAGGAAACAAAAAAGACUGAAGCAGUAGCUGAGUCGUCUAGUUCUGGAUUUUCGUCCUCAACCAAAGGUUCUGCCUUGGAUCUAUUAUUUUCCGUGGCUGGCAUCUAUGCUUCAUUCUUGACAUGGGCACUGCUUCAAGAACGCAUUUCUGCAACUGGUUAUGGAGCCGACUCUGAAAUCUACCGUGGGUCGCUCGUCAUCAAUGCCGUACAGGCCCUUCUAGCUAUGGCUGUGGGGUUUAUUUACGCAACAGUCAAAUCAACCUCCAAGGAAACCGCGCCGUUGGCAGUUUUUUCAGGGAACUCUGCGCUACGUCGGGAACUGCUUGUUGUUGCUGCCACGCAAACACUUGCUGCACCUUUUGGAUACGCAGCGCUGCGCCACGUAUCCUACUUGACUCUGUUGUUGGCCAAGUCUUGUAAGCUUGUGCCCGUCAUGCUGAUCCACCUCACCGUGUACCGGCGCUCAUUCCCACUGUACAAGUACCUGGUGGUAUUUGCUAUCACGGCUGGCGUGUUUAUGUUUACAUACUAUAAGGCUGCCAACAAAACGUCACAUGCAGUGGUUGCUGGAGCCGCAGUGACGGGCUCAUCGUGGAUCGGGUUGGGUCUGCUUGGCAUUAAUUUGCUGCUGGACGGCGUCACAAAUAGUACUCAGGACCAUAUUUUCCACAAGCACAAACAAAUGACGGGUCCCCGAAUGAUGUUUGGACUUAAUCUUGCCGUUUGCUUAUUGACUGGAGCAUACCUUGUGAGUUCUGCACUUGCACUCAAGAGCGGGUUGCCAGGGACUUCUCUUUACUCAGAUCAGCUGGCAAUGACGGCUGCUUUUGUGGCUCGAAAUGGCCCACGAGUGUUGGUUGAUACUGCGCUAUUUGGGCUGUGUGGAGCGCUGGGCCAGGUUUUUAUUUUCCACACACUUGAAACAUACGGAUCACUGAUUCUAGUGACUGUAACGGUGACACGGAAAAUGGUGAGCAUGUUGUUGUCAGUGGUGUGGUUCAACCAUAGCUUGACGGUAGGCCAAUGGGUUGGCGUAGGCGCGGUGUUUGGCGGGAUUGGCGCGGAAGCAGCGUUCAAGUACUGGCAAACACGCCAGAAACAAGUCAAGGUCGAGUAA